AUGGCUCGAGACCUUUGCUUCAUCUUCGCAAUGAGCAAUGCUGAAGACUCAACGCUUGCUGAGGACGUCGACACCGUUAAUCAUGUUUGCAAGCUUAGCGUAGUUGACUGGUUUUUAUGGCUAUACCAAGGCUGCGCGUGGAAAUAUGCCUACAUAGGUGCACGAACCGAGGUAAUGGCACGACACGCAGCGGCCAAAAGCAUUCCAAUGCUGAAGACGUAUAGCUGUGAGCAGCCCUACUGA